AUGGAGAAUUUACACGCACCGACUGUACCCUCUGGGGAGACCACUGCGUCUAUCACCAAUGGCGAUGCGGGGCAUCUAAGCUUCGCGGAGUUACAGCGAAAGAAGGACGAUGUUGAAGCCGAACUCAAGGCCCUGGGAGGCGUACUUGACUCACAUGGAGUUGACAUGAAUACAUCCCUCCUGACGAGCGAUGGUUUCCCUCGUGCGGAUAUCGAUGUUGCCCAAAUCCGAACCACAAGAGCGCGCAUCGUUCGAUUACGAAAUGAUUACUCUGCUCUCAUGACACGUAUUGAGAAGUUUCUUCAUGAACAUUUCGCCAGUCUUGACGAAGAUGAUGCUGCACCAAUUGCAACUGCAAACGGCUCGCAGCCCGUCUUACCAGACUCCCUCACUACGCCCUUGGACCCUCCAUUCGCCAAGGUCAACACUGUAGCCGCAGGAAGUCCAGCAGAAACGGCUGGCCUCAAAGCCGGAGAUGAGAUUCGAAACUUUGGCUAUGUCAAUCGAGCCAAUCAUGACAACCUCAGGAAGGUAGCUGAGUGCGUCCAGGGUAACGAGGGUAAUAAUGUUUUCAUUAAAGUAUCACGGCCAGAUGGCGUGGCUGAACGGCAAGAGUUGCGGUUAACUCUUACCCCGAGCAAGGACUGGGGUGGUCGAGGAUUGUUGGGUUGCCACAUUUUGCCUCUUUAA